AUGUCUUCUACUGUUUGUUUUUCCUUCGUUCUCUGUCGGGGCCAUUUGCAGCCUUCGUCUUGACAUUGUCGGCAAAUGGGGGAGGAUAAUUCAGCCCAGCAAACUCAAAAUCCACUCAACCAACUAGUAAUUGAGAUUCCAGCAAAUCUAGAGACAACCUUUUCCGACGAUGUUUGUGUCUACAGGGUGCCCCCUACACUUCGCAAAAUCAAUGAAGCAGCCUACACUCCUCAGGUAGUUUCUAUAGGCCCUAUUCACCACCACAAACCAGAUCUCAAGCCUAUGGAAAUCCAAAAGCUUAGAUAUUUAAAAGAAUUUUGCAAAAGGCAGACUACUAAAACACAAAGAGAUUUUUCCAUUGAUCUUAUUAAUACAGUUAGUGAAAAAGACUUCCGAGGUUUUUACGAUGAUAGUUCUGAAAUCUGCAGCACUGAGUUGAUUAAUAUGAUUCUGUUAGAUAGUGUUUUCAUCCUUGAGCUCUUCUUGAGAAAUCACAAAGCAGAAAACUAUGCCAAAGAUUUUAUAAUAGGGAAGCCAUGGCUGAGAACUGAUGUACAACAAGACUUAGUUUUGCUGGAAAAUCAGCUACCCUUCUCCUUUCUCGAGAAAAUCUACGACUUUGCCAGACAGAAAUUUGUUGAAAAAGACUACCCAUCUUUUCUUGACCUCACCUGCAGAUACUUCUCUAUCUACAAGCCCAGGAAAAUAGAACUGAUUCCAAACCCUGUGGACAAAAAACCAUUACAUUUCACUGAUUUGGUUAGAUACUUUUGGUCUUUUGGGCAUCCUCCGAUGAAGCCUAAAAGCAUUGGAAAUCUCCGUAGCAUAACCAAGCUGCACCAGGCAGGAUUGAAGCUGAAGCCAGCUCCAAAUGAAUGUUUCCUGAAGGUUAAAUUUGAAAAGGGAAUAACUUGUCUUUGGAGAGCUGAGUUGCAAAUUCCUUGCUUUGAAAUUGAUGAUACCACAGAAUUUGUGGUUCGAAAUCUGAUGGCUCUUGAGCAGUGUCAUUAUCCAUAUGAAACUUACAUCUGCAAUUACAUUAGGCUGUGGGAUUUUCUUAUUGACACAGCUGAAGAUGUGGAUUUGUUUGUUGGGAAGAAAAUAAUUGUUAAUGGGCUAGGCAACAGUGCUGCUGUGGCCAACCUGGUUAAUAAUCUGUGUAAUCAAAUUGCAGAAUGCCACUCCUGUUACUAUUCUCUGUCUGAACAGUUGAAUGGGUACUAUGAGAAUUGUUGCAACCAUACAAUGGCUACACUUAGAAGCAUUUAUUUUGGUGAUCUUUGGAGAGGGACUGGGACUGUUGCUGCUGUUCUACUCCUGGCUCUCACUUUGAUACAAGCCAUUUGCUCUGUCCUUGCACUAUAGUAAUUUCUGUUUCCUUUGCGCUUGGACUUGUUAUUUUUCUUUUUUAGAUUUUUAUCUCUUGGUUGAAUUUGAAGUCCUCGUUGUAAUAAGUUAUUCCUUUGCACUCAUUUCAAUUUGUCAUUAAUUUUAUUGUUUAUGUGAGAAAGAAAAGUUGUAUUUUUGAAA